GAUCCCUGAGCCGCGUGUCGCCUUGGAAAUUCCCUGCAAGUUCAGCGCCCCUUCUGGCCCGGAGGUGUCACCGCAGCCUGUCUCCAUUGCAGAAUGGCGGUGUAAGACCUGUACUGUGAUAAACACAGGGAGCAGCGUUUUGUGCUCAGUGUGUGAGCGUCCCCGUCUGGCCCAUCCCCAGCCUGUAGAUGAGGCGCCCACGCCGCCUGCCCUGCCUGUGCCCGGGACCCCGGAGAACCAGUGGAGGUGCCAGCAGUGCACCUUCAUCAACGCUGCGCGGGACGCGGCUUGCGAGAUGUGUACUCUGCCCCGCUCAGGCGAUGCCAACCCCCAGCCGCCAGCACCUGUGCCCCCCGUGGCACCUGUGACCCCCGUGACCCCCGUGACCCCUGUGGCCCCCGUGGCACCUGUGGCCCCGUGGCAGAAUUCCAUGAGGAAGGAGGGCUUGAAGCUUAUCCAGCACAUUCGGGACGGCGAGCAGAAGGGAGUGAGCCCCGAGGAGGUGUAUGCUGCCUUAUGCGUCUCCCGUGGCAGCGACGUGAGCCCCUGCGAUUGGCUAGACUCUGAGCUGCCCCACCUCCUGGAUGAAAUAUGUGCCAUGGCGGCCUCCGUUCAGCCACAGGGUGAACUACAGGACCCAGCUGACCAGGGCAGGGAUGUGCAUCUGUCCAGGGCUGAAGCCAAGCAGUCCUGGGUGGCAGCAGGAGGUGACAAGGAGAAAGCAGUUUGGAUCCUGCUGAGGAACAGACAUGCCAAG